UUGCUGCGUUUCGCCAGCUUAGCUCUUUAAGGCUGUUAUUAUAAGUGCCUUUAAUGGUAAGAUUGAUGAUGGUAUGUUUACUUUGAGAAAAACUGAGAGAAUAAUGAAAGGGAAGGAAGAGAGGUCACAUUAUUUCGGGUGGUGUUAUUGCCACAGCUUCACAGGUUAACACCACAGCUUUUUUAAUUAAUUGACCAUUAACCCACGCGGAGAAGGUGGUGACUGCUGCAAGUUGGAUUCAAAUGAGGGGUAUAAUAGUCAAAUAAUUAAAAAAAGCUGUGGUAUUAACAGUAGUGGCUGUGGCAAUAACACCACCCCAUUAUUUCAACUAAUUAAAUAAAUUUGUUAAUUAACAAAAUAAUUUAAUUGAUUAUAAUAAAUUUCUUUCCUCUGUACGUAAUUCAUUUAUAGAAACGCAUGAUUUCUUAUUUAUCCAUUGAAAGCAUGUCUCAAUACAACCAGUAGCAGAAGUACAAUGGAGGGUGACUCACAUAUGGAUUGUUAAUUUAACACAGCAACACAUGGCUAAGGCAAAAGCCAUGUCGUCUAAUUAAUUUGCAAGAUGUUAGUUAGAUAGAACCAUGGAAGUUGGAUGGCUGCCGACUGCUGGCAACAAGGCGAAGAUGGGACCCUAGAUUUUGCUGGAGAAAGAGGCUGGUCUCCUGUCUCAGCUGUGCACACUCCGCUUGGAUCUUUUCAAAGUGUUGUUUCAUUUCUGUUUGCCCUUGUCGUAAUCUUGAUUGUUCCUCGUUUAUGGUUUCCAUUUCUGACUGCAGCUCCUCCAUCAUCGCCUCUAACCUCCUACUUGCUCUUCGUUCCUGUGCACAUAAACAUAGGAUCAAUAACUAACCCCUGGAUAAGAAGAUGAAACAAAUUCCAUAAAAAGUUGGUUGCUGUUGACAUGCCUGACUCCUCAUUUGAUAUCUCUGUAGUUAAACCUCUAGCAACUUCUCUCAAUAUAUGAUUUCUUCGUUU